AUGGAUCUUCAUGCACUCACUCCUCUUAUGUUCAACUUCAACAAGAACUACUCUCGACUUCAUCCAACUUACAAUAUAUUAUCUGCUCGCUUCGGUGAUGCAGAUCGCCAAUUAGCUGUUGUAAAAGAGAAACUCACAUUAAUUCAUCCAAAAUUUAAAAUUAAUUCAGUUUAUGGUCAUUAUUCAUUAGAAGGUCUUGAUAUUUUUGCUCACUCAUUUACAUUGGUGAAAACUGGACGUACAGUAGCAAUAGUUAGCAAAAAAUUCUUUUCAUUAUCUGAUACAUAUGGUGUUGAAAUUAUUGAUGAUGAAAAUCAAGCAUUCAUUUUAGCUCUUGUUAUUGUUCUCGAUCAAAUUUUAUAUGACAAAGUUUAUUAA